UUUAAAAUCAUAGUUGACGUAUAUGAACAAUGCAAGUAACGAAAAUAAAUGAUGAAAUGGCUAUAAAUUAUGACAAAAUUAGUUGUUUGUCACCAUGGCCAAACAAUUCAUACCUUCAAUUUGUCUCCUUUUUCUCUGUGUAUGAUCACUGAUGAGUUCCUCCAAGCACCAAGAACAUAACAAUGGCGACUCCCCUUCGAGUUCGAAGCCGGCCAAUCCCAUUUUGCCACAAUUGCUGCAAUCCAUCACUCUCAAGUUCGAAGAUGUGGAGUAUAGCGUCAAGUUGAGGAGCCCAAAAGCCACAUGCUUUGGUUCAAACGGUGCGUCCAUUACGCGGACCAUUCUGAAUGGCGCAACCGGAAUGGUCCGGCCGGGGGAAGUUCUGGCAAUGCUUGGCCCAUCUGGCAGCGGCAAGACCACCCUCCUUACCGCCCUUGCUGGCCGCCUUUCGGGAAAUAUCACCGGCAACAUAACCUACAACGGCAACCCAUUUUGUGGCUCCAUCAAACGCAACAUUGGGUUUGUCCCACAGGACGACUUGUUCUAUGCUCACUUGACAGUGGUGGAAACUCUGACUUAUGCUGCUAUGUUAAGGCUUCCCAAAACGCUUACGAAGGCAGAGAAAUUGGAGCAGGUUGAAAUGGUAAUCAACGAGAUGGGUUUGUCGAAAUGCCGGAAUGUUUGGAUUGGGAGUCCUCUGUUAAGGGGAAUUUCUGGUGGGGAACGAAAACGGGUCAGUAUUGGACAUGAGAUUAUAAUGAACCCAAGUGUUGUACUGCUGGAUGAGCCCACUUCAGGGCUUGACUCUACCACGGCUGAGCGCAUUGCUGGGACGUUGCGGCGACUGGCUCGAGGCGGUCGGACAGUGGUGAUGACAAUCCAUCAGCCGUCGGCUAGAAUCUAUGCGAUGGUUGAUAAGGUGCUGGUCAUGUCGGAGGGAUCGUCCAUAUACUCAGGGGAUGCCGGUCGAGUCGUCGAGUAUUUCGAGUUCAUUGGAUAUGGUGCUCAUGGGGGGCUCAACUUUGUGAAUCCUGCUGAUUUUCUUCUUGAUCUUGCUAAUGGCAUUGCAUUAGCAUCUGAUACAAAAGAAGAUGAUACCCAACAGGGGGAGUUUCCUGAGGAUCGUCAAACAGCAAUCAAGCAAUCUCUGAUAUCCAUUUACAGAACCAACUUAUACCCAUCAUUGAAGGCCGAGAUUCAAGCGGAGCCUCAAUCGGAUUCGCCUCCAUUAUUCACCAGCCAACAAGAACGAUGGGCGUGUAGCUGGUGGGAUCAAUUUGUGGUGUUGCUAAGUAGAGGGUUAAAAGAAAGGAAACAUGAAUCCUACUCUGGCUCAAGGAUUUUCCAUACCAUGUCAAUCUCAAUCAUUGCAGGUAUUCUCUGGUGGCGAUCGAGCCUCUCAAACCUUCAAGAUCAGGUUGGACUCCUUUUCGUCUUAGCCGUUAACUCGAGCAUUUUCCCUAUUUACAUGGCGGUUUUCGAGUUCCCAAAAGAGCAAUCGAUUCUCAACAAAGAGAGAGCCUCCAGCAUGUACCGUCUCUCUUCUUACUUCAUGGCUCGAACAGUCAUCGACUUGCCGAUGGAGCUGCUAUUACCGGCCAUGUUCGUGACAGUACCUUACUGGAUGAGUGGCCUAAAACGAUCGGCAUCCAAAUUUAUUCUGACCCUUGUGGUCACUCUUCUCAACGUGCUGACCGCUCAAGGGCUAGGCCUCGCACUUGGGGCCAUUCUGAUGGACGCAAAACAGGCUUCGACCUUUGCUUCUGUUAUAACCAUGGGGUUUCUGAUGCUGGGAGGGUUCUACAUUGGACAUCUCCCAGGCUUCAUAGCUUGGUUGAAAUAUCUGUCUUACUGUCACCACACCUUUAAGCUUCUUCUGGGAAUUCAAUACACAGAAAAUGAGACUUACGGCUGUGGGGCUGGGCUGCAAUGUCGAGUAAUGGAUUUUCCUUCUAUCAAGCUUGUGGGUGUUGGCGGCAAAUGGCUGAGCGUGGCUGUUUUGGUACUAAUGGCGGUUGGGUUUAGGGUCGUGGCUUAUGUUGCUUUGAGGGUGGGGCAGCCUUUAUGGCUCCGAUUCAAACUUAUUUUCCUCUAACAGUUGCGAUCUUGAAUAUAGUUUAAAACAACCAACAAUAAUCAAACUAAGAAACAAAUUAAUGAA